AUGCUGCUUUGGAUUCUGCUGCUGGAGAUAUCUCUUUGUCUGGCCGCUGGAAACGUUACCCGAGACGUCUGCAAAGAAAAGAUCUGUUCCUGCAACGAGGUGGAGGGAGAUCUGCAUGUGGACUGCGAGAAGAAGGGAUUUACUAACCUGCAGCACUUCUCGGCUCCCACUUCGCAGUUCUAUCACCUCUUCCUGCAUGGGAAUUCUCUAACCAGGCUUUUCCCUAAUGAGUUUGCCAACUUUUACAAUGCCGUCAGCCUGCACAUGGAGAACAAUGGCUUGCAUGAGAUCGUCCCCGGUGCCUUCUUGGGCUUGCAGCUGGUAAAACGCUUGCACAUCAACAACAACAAGAUCAAGUCCUUCAAAAGGCACACGUUCCUGGGGCUGGAUGACCUGGAAUACCUCCAGGCUGACUUCAACCUGUUAAGAGACAUUGACCCAGGAGCCUUCAGGGACUUGAACAAGCUUGAGGUUCUAAUCCUGAACGACAACCUCAUUAGCACCUUGCCCACCAAUGUGUUCCAGUACGUGCCCAUCACCCAUCUGGAUCUGCGGGGCAACCGAGUUAAGACAUUGCCCUACGAGGGGGUGCUGGAGCAGAUCCCUGGCAUAGCAGAAAUCCUGCUGGAGGACAACCCUUGGGACUGCAGCUGCGAUCUCUCAGCCUUAAAGGAAUGGCUAGAAAAUAUCCCAAAGAAUGCCUUGAUCGGUAGGGUGAUCUGCGAGGCCCCCACUAGGUUGCAGGGCAAUGAUUUAAACGAGACCUCAGAGCAGGAGCUGUGCCCCUUAAAAAACGCAGUCGAUUCUAGUCUAGCCGCCCCCCCUGCCCAAGACGAAACUUGUGAUCCCGGUCCAAUUCCAACCCCCUUUAAAAUCAAUGGCCAGGAGGACACGGCCACCCAGGGCUCCUCGGUGAGCGGAGGGACAAAGAUCCCAGGCAACUGGCAAAUCAAAACCCGACCCACAGCUGUGGUGUCUGAGAUGAAUGGCCAACACAAAGCCCCCCACGUCUUUGCCUGCCCGGCCAUCUGCAGUUGUGGCCAGCAGAUCCUCGGCCCUGGAUUAAAAGUAGACUGCAGCAACAAGAACGUCAAAAGCCUGUCUGACCUGGAGCCCAAACCCCCCAAUGUGCAGGAAUUGUUCCUGAGGGAGAACAAGAUCCACACCAUCCGGAAAGCCAACUUUCUGGAUUAUGGCAACCUGACCCUCCUGGAUCUGGGCAACAACAACAUAGGCAUGGUGGAGAACAACACCUUCCACAACUUGACCGACCUGAGAUGGUUGUACAUGGAUAAAAACUGCAUAGACACCCUCACCCCAGAGAAAUUCACCGGUCUGCAAAGCUUGGAGUACCUGAACCUUGAGUUUAACUUCAUCCAACUCAUCCUACCCAACACCUUCAACCCCAUGCCCAACCUCAGGAUCCUCAUCCUCAACAACAACCUGCUCAAGUCUCUACCAGUGGAUGUGUUUGCUGGGGUCAGCCUGUCCAAAUUAAGUCUUCACAAUAACUACUUUAUGUACCUUCCAGUGGCAGGGGUCUUGGACCAGCUCACGUCCAUCAUUCAGAUAGACCUGCAUGGGAACCAGUGGGACUGCUCCUGUAACAAUGUGCCUUUCAAACAAUGGGCAGAGCGACUUGGCCCCGAGGUCAUUGUAAGUGAUCUCAAAUGUUAUUUCCCAGAGGAGUUCUGGGGGAAAGACUUCAGAUUUCUUUCUAAUGACAUGAUGUGUCCUUUGCUGUAUGCAAAAAUUUCCCCAACUCUCAAUGCUCUUCACAAAAACAGCACUGGCUUGGCAGAGACCAACACUCACCCCAAUUCCUACCUAGAGACAAGCAGGGUGUCUAUCUCUGUGCUGGUGCCAGGACUCUUGCUGGUGUUUGUCACCUCUGCCUUCACAGUAGUUGGCAUGCUGGUAUUUAUCCUUAGGAACAGGAAAAGAUCGAAGAGAAGAGAUGCCAACUCCUCAGCCUCUGAAAUCAAUUCCCUGCAGACAGUGUGCGAUUCUUCUUACUGGCACAGUGGCCCCUAUAAUGCAGAUGGCACUCAUAGAGUUUAUGAUUGUGGGUCUCAUUCACUGUCAGACUGA